AUGCUUGAGAUAAAAGAUACCAAAGAGUCUGACACAUCUGUUUUUCAGGAUGUUGAUAAUCCAACAACAUCGCAAUCCCCAACAUCAGAAUCAGCCACAACAUCAACAACAGUAACCACAAAUGUUAUCCCUAGUUCCACGGUGACGUCAGUGGAAGAUCAAACACAAAACGAUGAUCCAACAACAUCGCAAUCCCCAACAUCAGAAUCAGCCACAACAUCAACAACAGUAACAACAAAUGUUAUCCGUAGUUCCACGGUGACGUCAUUGGAAGAUCAAACAUCAACCGAUGAUCCAACAACAUCGCAAUCCUCAACAUCAGAAUCAGCCACAACAUCAACAACAGUAACCACAAAUGCUAUCCCUAGUUCCACGGUGACGUCAGUGGAAGAUCAAACACAAACCGCUAUGUGCCCCUGUUCCUGUGACUACAUGGACAAAGUCGUGUACUGGAGAAAUGAGACAAACCAGCUGGGACAAUACUAUGAACUGAGUGAAAGGUUGGCUCAACUCAAGCGCCUCCUCAGCGUCAACACAAAGAAUCUCUCCUCCACAAUAAACAAGAAGAUCAGCGCUGACGACGAGCGGCCGUCAGCCUCCGUGACAGGUUACGUGGGAGUCGUCUUUAUAGCCUUAUUUCUUGCUGGAAUGGCCCUGGCUGAUGCUCCUGUAUUGAUUCGGCAGACUUCUAAACUUCUUAAAGACAUCAGAAAACUGUGUGCUCGAAAAUAAGUUACACUGCUCUCUGUCCU